GAUAAUAAGUAUUAAGUAAUAACCGUCCGUGAUGAUGAUGCCGAUGAUGGUUGGUGUCGUUAAUUCGUUAUGAUUUAAUUUUUAAUAUGUUCAGCAUGCAUUUUGAAUUUUGAUUAAACGUUGUCCGUGRCUUAUGUUAGUUUAAAGGAAUUGUCUGUUGUCCAACUCAUGUUUUUAACUAUUUUCAUUAUUUGAGUAUCUACAUAUUAUCAUGAAACUUGCUUGAUUUUCAUUUUCUUCUUUAGUUUAACUUAAGUUUAAGAGGAACAUCAAAAUGAGUACACACGUUAAAGGAUCAUGUGUUGAUGUUUUGGAUUUUAAGUGUUCAGCAUUCUGCAAUCUUCGUGUUUUCAAUGAAGGACACCAGUUUGACACAUCUGCCUCCAUGGUCAUCAGUUCUAACCGAUUUGGGAUAACUAUUGUUGCUUCUCCCAAUCAGCUUUGUAUGAUUUCAAUGAAACAUGUUCGACAUCUAGUUGGUGAUUUCGGUGUUGAAAAAAAUACAUUAACAAAUUUUCUAAGGCGUGAAAUAGAAUUAGAUUACUCUCCAAACUUUUUAGACCUUAGCUGUGAUGAAGAAUAUAUAGCAGUUGCAGGCAUUUUGAAUUCAAAAACCUCGAUAACUAUUUACAAUGUUAAGGAUUUAAUUUCAAAAAAUUGCAUUUCUCCAUUAGUAAUUGUUGAGCUUGCUACUAUACAGGAAUCACAUGUAAUAGAUAUGUCAUGGAAUCCAGGUGUUCAAAAUUCCUUGGCAUGUUGUUUGUCUGAUGGAUCGUUACAUAUUAUAGAUUUGAAAGAUGGUGGAAGGUACAAUGUUGUUUGUUUACCACCCCAAUCAAGUACAUUAUGUUUAAGUUGGAGCCCUAAAGGAAAACAAAUAAUAAUUGGCAGUUCAAAUGGGUCCUUAACACAGUAUAAACCUGAACUCAAAGCUAUGAAACAGUAUUCACCACCAACUGAUGUAACGGGGAAUGUAAAACCUAUCAAAAUAAAAUGGAUAUCAAAUUUUCAAUUUGCAGUUGUCUAUGAUUUUGUGGACAACACAGAUAAUCAAUUAAAUCUUUACAUUCUCAAUACACCAAAAAACGCACCAGUGGAAUUUAUUAACUUUGAACAAUAUGUCGUGAUGAAUUCUGAACAGUAUAGAUUAAAUCAAUAUUAUACAAUAUUUCAACAAAAUUGGAAUCUUCUAUUUGUUGCUUCUUCAAAUUGUACAGAAAUUGGUGUAAUGGGAAUAAAUAAAGAAAACCAAUGGCAAUGUUGGAUGUUAGAAACAAGACCAGAGUUACCAUACAGACUUGAUAAACAAAUGUAUCCUCUAGGAAUAUCAUUAGAUAUUUCUUCUCAAAUGCAAAUUAAACAAUUAUCUAAAUCAAAUGAAGAAAUAUUUCUUGAUCCAAUGCCAGUAUUAUGUGUAUUAUCCAGUGAUGGUAUAUUAUUUAUGUACCAUAUUGAAAAUCAGUUAACUGAUUACAAAAAUAUAUGUAAACCACCAACAGAAAUAUCGGAUAAUAUAAUCACUCAGUUAUUUACUACCAACCUUAAAAUAAAUAAUAUUGAACAAAUUGAAAAAAAUGUGGUGGCUGAUACAGUAGAAAUAAUAGAAGUUGUUGAUGAAAACGCCAAGGGAGAUCAUAAUGAAUCGGUUCUUGCGAGCUAUCUAGAAACAUCAUCUACUUCUCAAGUCGAACAACCACAAAUAUUGGAUACACCAACAAUUACAGUUGUGAAACCAAAUGUUCCUGAAGCGUAUACUGAAACUGUUCCACAAAUUAUUUCAAAUCAAACAAAUCUUCCGGAUAAAAAUACAUCAACAGAUGAAACUCUAAGUCAAGUCAUGUUAAAAGAAGUAUUGGAAGAUGUACAAAUAUUUCAAUUACAAUUAGAGGAUACAUUGAAACUAUCAUUAAAUACUAGUAAGCUUAAGAUUGGUAAUGAAAAAGAUAAAGAAAUACUUAUGAAGAAAUGGACAUCAUUAGACUCGUUUUUCAAAGAAUUGAAUGAGACUAAUCGCUCGCAGUGGGUAGAAAGUAAAGCUCUUCAAAAAGCUGUGUUAGAUUCUAUUGCUUGGGUCGAGGACUCAAAAUCUCGCAUAUUCUUUUUAAAAAAUCCAAAAUUUAAAUGUCUAUUGAGAAACGAUAGUGAUGAACCAUUUAGCAAAACACUUUUUGACAAUAUAGAACGUACAUUAUACUACGUUGAAACUCAACUAACACAUGUUGAUGAUCAAUUGAAAGCUAGAUAUGAUAGUUAUAAUACAAAUAAUAAUUCAAAUAAUUUUAGGGAGUUGAAAAUACCUUGUCUGGAAACUAUUUAUAAGUCAUUAGUUGUAAAUACAAAUAUAGUGAACAAACUAAAGGAAAAGAUAAAUUUUCUAUAUAAUACWGUAGAAGAAAUGAAAUAUAGAACUUUUAAAAAAUUGUCGUUAGCCCCUGAUGUCGUGCUAAAUACUUCUAACCUUCAUGAGUCUCGUGAUGUUGGCUUAUCAAAACUUUCAGAACAGUUAUUAAAAAUAACAUUAGACAAAGACGGUGUGUCUGCUAUUAAUUCAUAUAAUGUUGCUAAAAAAUACUCUGUAUUGUCGGCAAAUCAAAGAGCUCUUUCAGACUCCAAAGUUAAUAAACUUCAAGACUGGUUGAAAGAUUUUAAAACAAGGCGCACAAAAAUCACAAGAUUUCAAUAUGCAAAUAUAGAUCUCAGCAGGCCUGUGUGUAGCACGCCAUUAAAACCAGUAUCAAAACCAAAAAUGCAUGAAAAAAACAUUGAUUUUAUGCCUUUUGUGACAAGAGAUAGUUUUGUUUCUACUUUAUCACAACCAUCUACAUUAUUGAGCAAAGACUAUAUUGCUAACGAACAGAAUGUAGCAGAUAUUAAUAUACAAUCAACAUCGCAGCUUGAUUUGAAACAAUUCCAAAAACCUUUAAUAACACCAACCACACAGCAAAUAAAUGGAGUAAUCCCAAUAACUACUACUACUUCUGGAUUUUCAUUGGGAUGUAAACCUUUGCUAACAAAUACUGUUUGGAAUCCAAUGGAUAAUUCAUCAACUCCUAAACCAGUUGCACCAAAUGAUUUCUCAAAUAAAUUUGAUUUCAAGGCUUUUACUAAAGACCCAAUUGUUUUUAAUUCUGCUAAUACUGCUCCGUUGUUUUCUAAUAAUGUGGCUUGUACUGCCGUUUCUAAUAGAGAUCCUGUAGAUUUUAGUUUAAAAUCAUUAACAACUACACCCUUAAAUUUCAGUAAUUCUAGUAAUAUAAUGUCCACUAAGUCUACUUUAGAUAUUAUUUCAGGAACAACAGAAGCAAAAGAAAAAACACCAUUUAAUUUUUCCAAUGUAUCUACUACAAAAUCAGAAACAACUAUACAAAAAUCUACUGGUAUACUUAAUUUUGAUUUUGCUGGUUCUAUUAAAAAUAAAAURGACAAUCCGAAUGAUAAACCAUCAAGUUUUGAAACACCAAAACUAUCAGAAACUUCAAGUGUUUUUUCUGGAUAUAGUGCUGAAAAUAAAUCAAAGAAUAAACAAGAAACCGUUCCAAUAAAAGAUACAACAUUAACUACAUUUAAGUUUAGUUCAAAAUCGGAUACAUCAUCAUUUUCAACAUUCAGUUUUAACACAUCCAAAGAUAGUGUUUCAAAAAUUACUGAAUCAGAAACCAAAUGCUCUUUUACUUCUAUACCAACUACCACAGUAACAGCGUCUUUUAAUUUUUCACACCCACCAAAAACAGUUCCUAUAGUAGUUAGUGAACCGGUAGAUUCCUCCACAGUAUCUUCCAGCAUUGGGACUGUUAAAACAGCUMUUGAUUUUAGUACAAUAUCAACAACUGUAGAAACCAGUGUUACUGAAACCACUCCCCAAGUCUCUGAAAGUCCCACUCCAAUUAUAUCUGAACCAAUUACUCCAGAAAACGAAGAGUCUCCACAAUUUCCAGUUACUACCAGCAGUGCACAAAUUUUUGAAAUCCCAUCAACAAAUAAUACAAUUUUUGGUUCACCUAUCAACUCAUCAAGUAUUACAAGUAUUUUUGGGAAUUCAACUACUGCAACAUGUCAAGCAUCAAUUUUCACCACUCCUACAAAUAAAACUAGUGCCCCUUCAAUUUUCAAUACUCCUACAAUUACAACUAAUGCCUCUUCGAUUUUUAGUACUUCCACAAGUACAUCUGUCCCACCUUCCAUUUUUGGUGCUACUACAAGUACAACCAAUAUCUCUUCAAUAUUUGGAUCACCAAGCAACACAAGUGUAGCACCUUCAAUUUUUGGUGCUUCGUCUACUACAACCUCAUCAUCGUUCUUUGGAACUCCAAUCAAAAGUACACCAUCUAUAUUUGGUUCACCAUCUACAACUACCGUGUCUUCUAUGUUUGGAUCAGUUACAACAACAAAUACUACAAGUGGUUUUGGAUCUUCAGCUCAGACAACAGCGUUUGGUACUCCUGUUACAAAAACUUCUUCUAUAUUUGGUAAUCCAGCUGCUCCUGCUACAACAACUUCUUCAAUAUUUGGUAAUCCAGCUGCUCCUGCUGCAACAAGUUCUUCAAUAUUUGGUAAUCCAGCUGCUCCUGCUACAACAACUUCAAUAUUUGGUAAUCCAGCAGCUCCUGCUACAACUUCUUCAAUAUUUGGUAAUCCAGCUGCUCCUGCUACAACAACUUCUUCAAUAUUUGGUAAUCCAGUUGCUCCUACAUCAUCUGGUUCAAUAUUCGGUUCAGCAUCCACAAACACAUCAUCUGUUUUUGGAACUGCAGUUACAACUAGUACAACAUCGUCCAUUUUUGGGUCUCCUUCGACAACAGCUGCAUCUAGUGGAUUAUUUGGAUCAGUAGCUGCUGCAGCUAACCAAUCAUCAUUUGGCCAACCUUCAUUAGGAUUUAGUUCUCCUGGAUCAGCAUUUGGCAAUAUGUCACUUUUUGGCCAGUCAGCAUGUAAUCCGUCUCAACCAGCAAAUAAUUUUUCUCCAGCUGCCAAUCCAUUUGCUGUUAAYAAAGCUCCUUCGAGUACACCAUCAUUGUUUUCUAACCAAAAAUCUGUAUUUGGCCAACCAGCUGCAAGUACACCUAAUACUGGGUUUGGCAUACAAAAUUCAGGAUUUGGUGCUACCGCCAGUACCGGAUUUGGUAGUCCUGCUAUGGUUGGUCAAUCAAAUAAUUUAGGUUUUGGAUCUCCCCCAAUAUUUGGUAGUAUGGGAACUACUUAUGAAAAAUCAUCUGGUUUUAAUCAAACACCUGUGUUUGGAGGAGCUGCAACCUUUGGUUCAACUGCUCCAACAUUUGGACAAAACGGUACUAUUAUUUUAAAUGUAUAGCUUGCAUUUUAGUGUACUMAUCAAUAUKUUGUAUCACAGUUUAGUGGCCAAAUUUUUGCACACUACUACCUCUAUUUAUUGAAUAUUAUUUCAUGCUAUUAUUUGACUAUUUCAUCCCACUUAUCUUAUAGCCUACUUAGUUAUUGUUUUUAGAUUCUGAACG